ACUCAUGUAAAGCGUUUGUUCAGGAUUUUAGCUCUCUGCACUUACAUCAAGGAAUAUUGCAUCUGGAAUGGAAUGUUAUUGAAUAAAAUCAUCGAGGAAACGGUAAUUUUUUUUCUGCCAAGCGGCGUUCUGGCGUGUGUAUGUAACGUUUGCUUGGUGAAAAUGGGUAUCCGUCUUGCAACUGAACUUCGGAUAAAAUUUCACUUGGCAGCAAAUUAAAAUUAUUCAUUCAUGUUCAGCAGAAAAGAGAUGUCGUGUACAAAACACAAGGACAAAGAGACAUGACUAAGACUUUAUGAUGAGGAAAACAAAGUGUCUGAAUAGCCAAAGGAGACCAUUAAGUCGAUGUUUACGGAAGGAAAGAAUGAUUUCUCCUCCUACUUUGUAGUAACUAUACGGAAGUUUCAAGAUAAAGAUGACAUGGCAUGCACAGUAGACUAUUGUGUGAGCGCAAUUGCCGAUGCGGACGUGGAAGCGUUUGAUCUUUUUCUACAGAAGCUUGUUCAGAAAAUAACGGCAUACCAACGGUCGAAAGGUAUUGUAAAAUUCAGAUGGGUUUCGGACAUUCCUGUGUUUUGCACAUUGUGCAACAAUCCGGAAUUUAUAGUUAAAGUCGGCGAAUUUCGACGCCAGUUGGAAAAUAUCUACGAGUCUUCCAUAGUGCAUUGCUUAGGACCCAUAGCCACUGUCACAGACCUAGCAAAUGCUUUGAAAUUCAAAGAAUGCUCAAAAGAAUUGGAGAAACUUUAUACCAGAAAAGAAAAUGACUCGCGUAUAAGAAGCGAUUUUGAUCUAUUUUCCGCUAUCCUUAUUACGGGUAAAUAUUAUGGCAUACUAGUGGAUUUCGGUGUUACUGUAAAGACACUAAAACGACUUUGUGAAAACGGACGAGAUAUCCGUGCAUGUGGUCCAAGCGGAAGAUCAGUUCUUCAUGAAGCCAUUUUACAUAUGUCACCUUAUGAGGUACUGGAAACAAUCAUUUCUCAAUAUGGAGUGUCUGCAUUUUCCAGUUUUAUGUUCAAAGUCAUUUAUUACAAAGGUCGUCAGCCAGAAGUUGUUAAGAUUUUAAAAUUAUUUUUGUAUCAAAAUCCAUGCAUUCAGUCAAAUAUAGGUGUUAUCCAAAAAACAAUACAAUAUGACCGAAUUAAAUUUCCUGACAUUUCUGAAGACACAUUUUCAGAAGAUAGGAAAAACGAAAACGAGGCUCAGCGGCAUAGUGGGAAGUAUACACAUCCCCAAGAAGAACUGCGUCUUCUACCGUGGUUGUAUAAAUAUGGGUUUCCCUUUUCACGAGCUGAUAGAGAUGAAAUAGAUAUACCAAGUCUGUUUGGUGACGUGUUGACUUACGACCUGGACUUGGACCAGCCCCGUCAGCUAAUAGACAUUGCGCGUAUUAAAAUCCGGACGAUGUACCACGGAAGCAUGUUACACAAAGUUCUGAAUUCCAUUAAAAUUCCAAGUUCUGUGAAAGACUAUAUUCUGAUGAAAGAAUUCGACUAAUGAAUGUUUGGUAGCCAUUGUGUAAGUCUGCAGAACGUUAUUUGUAGUCAAAGGUCACUGACACUAACCACUAGAAUGGUUCUGAUAAAUGCCUCUGCACAGUCGUGCUGAAAUGUUAUAGAUCCACUUUUGAGACUUUUCAACAUGAUUUUUAUUUUCAAUUUAUUUAUGAUGAUUUGAAUUUUUGCAAGUCUAGUUAUAUAGGGCUUCAAUAAAGAUAUUUUACUUGUGUGGCGUUAUCAAACGGAUCCCUCCUAAGGUGAGCAAUUUUUUACUUUCAAGACAUGAAGAUUUUCAUCGGACAGUGACAGUAAUACUUACCGCGGGAACGUUUUCACAAAAAUAUACAUGUAUGUGUAACGCAUCUCUCAAUAUUUCAGCAGUAUACGCUUUUUACUUAACAAGGACAGUAACUCUAGUUGUCAUAUCUAUACAGUGGCAUUAUUUUUCAUAUUAAUAUUUGUAAAAGUUCUUUUUUUCAAAUUCAAUCAUUGAAAAGUAGUUCGGUUUUGAAAUGGCAAACAGUUAACCGGAUCACUUUUCCCGGAUUCUGUACCAGUGACUACAUGCUCCCCGCCAAUAAAUGUUUCCACAUGAAAAGCUUAGCCAUACUGUCGUCUGCUGAACGUCUGAUGAGAAUACAACUCUGUAUCCAGGUAUCAAAAUCUGGUACUCUUUUUGUCAGAUGGGCAGUCCUACUCAGUCAAAAUUAAAACAGAUCUGCAACUCUCGAAAGAACAUAUAUUCUACGAUAGAAUGACAUCUUGUGAAAUAUUGACAACCACAUGAGACCCCUUUUAUAGACGAACUAUUUUGUAUGUACCUCUAUAAGUCAUAU